UUCAGCCCUGGUCCUAACCUGAAGAGGCUACAGCCUGGAGCUCUGAACAGAAGAACCUUUCUAAAUGAGAAGCAAGGAAGACCUGUUGAAAGUUUCCUCUUAAGUUUCGUGCAGAGAGACUCAGGUAUAGCAGUAUCCUCACUGCCACCUGACCCGGAGCAGGAGAACCCGCUGGCAGCUUCCAGACCAGGCCCAGCAUGUGCAGCACCAGCGCCUGCGACCUGGAAGAAAUCCCCCUGGACGACGAUGACCCAAACAGCAUGGAAUUCAAAAUCCUGGCCUACUACGUCAGACACCACGUCUUCAAGAGCACCCCUGCUGCCUUCUCGCCAAAGCUGCCGAGAACGAGAAGUCUGUCCCAGAAGGGUCUGGGGAGCUGGUCAGCGAACGAGUCAUGGACACAGGUGUCAUGGCCUUGCAGAAAUUCCCAAUCCAGUGAGAAACCCAUAAACCUCGCCAAGAAGAAGUCUUCUUGGAAAGCGCUCUUGGGACUAGCGGAGAAGGAGGAAGAUUCGCAGAGCUCACCUGCAGUGUUGCAGCUUCAGGGAUCCAGAGGAGUGAACCACCAGGGUGGUCUUUCCAGCCAGCAAUGGUCCAGGUCCCUUUCUAACGUGGACCAGCACUUAGAUCACGAAGCGGCGGACCCCAAAGUUGUUUCCAUUGCCAACCGAGUUGCUGAGAUUGUUUAUUCCUGGCCACCACCAGAAGCCCAGGGAGGUGGCAUCAAGUCCAGAGAGCAUUUGGGAUUCCAGGCUCUCCACGGCCGGCGUGAAGGCCCCCCGCCUACAGCUUCAAGUUCUAAGAAAGAUGAAGAAGACCAAAUAAUAGCCAAGAUUGUUGAGCUGCUGAAAUAUUCAGGGGAUCAGCUGGAAAGAGAGUUGAAGAAAGACAAGGCCUUGGCGAGCAGCUUCCCGGAUGGGCUGCCCUACUCUGUUUUCAAGACCGUCACAGACCAGUUCCUAAGGGGUGUGGACACCAGGGGAGAAUCCGAGGUCAAAGCUCAGGGCUUUAAGGCCGCCCUCGCAAUAGACGUCAUGGCCAAGCUCACAGCUAUCGACAACCACCCGAUGAACAGGGUGCUGGGCUUCGGAGCCAAGUACCUGAAGGAGAACUUCUCGCCCUGGGUCCAGCAGCAGGGUGGAUGGGAAAAAAUACUUGGGCUAUCACAUGAAGAAAUAGACUGAAAUAUCAGUUUCGUCAUCUGGAAUCGUCAUUGUCCAACUGCGGUCCUGUACACAUUACUCUUGGUAAGGACUGCAGGAGAAAAUCAAAACGUACAAGGUAGAUGGAGCAUUGAAGUUUUCAGAACCAUCAUUCCUGCGACCCGAGAGGCAGGAGGAGAGGCCUGGCUGUCUCCCACUCACGGAAUGCAGCAGCGUGCUCCCUGACACUGCUGUUUCUUAGGCCUUCCAUUGAGUGUGUGAGGAAGUCUAUAAAACGUGGCCAUUUUCCUUGCAAAUGUUCAGAACAGAAACUCUCACCCCGCCUGUGUGAGCUGCGUUAGGGAAAGUGUGUCACAGAUGUCUGCUGACCUCAGAAGGGUGAAACGUGCAUGUGGUUACUCUUCAGUUUCUAGUACUAUGAUUCAAGCCAACCUUUAGGAAGAGGUUGCUAUUUGUGUCAGUAGGCAUAGCUUAAAGAAACUCUUACAUUUACUGCUCCAUCCCCUAGUUUGUGGAUAUGACUUUUCAACUCACUUCUCUUGGAAAAUUCUUCAUCAGUCUGAAAAACUUCCAUGUGCUGCAAAACUAUCUUUCCAACCACCCUCCACUCUCUUCUCAGUUCACACCUCUCCUUCCCAAGGUCUCCAGUACUUUUCCUAGUAUUCUUUGUGGUAAUGUACUGAUUGGUAGCUGGUAAAAUAAAUACAUAGAAAGACUACUGCCAAAAGAAUGUCUUCUGAUUAAAAUAUGUAAUAUGUAA